AUGCAUGCGAUAAUACUGACUCUAGGUUUCGCCGCCCUCGGUGCCGCCUUUCAACCUGGACAGAUUGGUUCGAAAGGCCUUCACAUUAAGAGAUACGCUCAGAUACCAGCGAAGCAAGCCGUGGUGGCUGAUGGCUUUGCCAAAAUUGAGCGCCGACAGGACGAGAACGUCCCUCCCGUGCCAGAGGCAGUCGACAUCCCCCCUUACACACCGGAGGCUAAAUGCGAUGACUACGAUGGCUAUCUCUACUCGACCGGAGGGUAUACCUAUCAGCUGCAGUGCAACACUGUCUACCUAGGCGAUCCUCUAGGGCAGACGACAGUCGACACCUACACAGACUGUAUCAACUACUGCGUCAAUGAUUUCCCACUUGAGUCGGUAGAGCCGCCUGAUGUGGGAUGCGUCGGUGUCUUCUGGAAUGCUCCAUACGAAGGGCCUGGCGACUGCACUGCCUUCUCCGACCUUACCAGUACACCGCCUGCGAACGAAGUUGGUGGCUAUCAAGAGGCUGCGUUGGUGGUAUACGGUCCAGCAGGGGAGACCUACGCCACCCCGAGACCAUAUACGGCGAGCUCGACAACAGCGCCGCCUGCCACGAGCACCGAGACGACGAGUUCGACUCCUGAGCCGACGCUUGGGGCUGGUGAUGAGUCCUACAUUGCUGUCACGGCUGAAUUGCCGCGCGUCAAGCGUGCAAUCUACUACAUUGCCAUCGGUCUGGAUGGAUUCGCUGUAUUGGUCACGGACUUCACUGAGGCAUCUGUGUUUUCUGUUGAUGCAAACGGUGCGCUCAUAAGCAACGGUGUCGUCAUUGGGCCAAGCAGUGACAGUGGCGUAGCUUCACUGCAAGUUACUGAGCCACCAGUGAACACUCCUUUCUACUGGGAAAUCCAGGGAGGCUCACUUACCUUCGGAACGGCCACUUUCUGUGCCAGUGGAGUGGCAGGCGAUGGAGUCAAAGAGGUUUCGGUCGUAUUUCCAGACGGCCAGACAAGCGACAAUUGUUCACCGAUCCUGAUCUCGACCGUGUCGCAAGCAGUGCCACAGGAUCCCAGCACGACCACCACGACUACCGGCUCCGCAUCUGGUGGCACGCCAGCGUCAUCUGGCACCGUCGUAGCCCCAACUACUUCCGGCGGCAGUCCUUCGGCCUCUACGUUCGGCUUCAGCAGCCCAGAGCCGAGCUUCACGACUGGCACUCAGUCAGACACAUUCACUUGGGAUGUCAAUAUGACAUAUCCACCGUCGACUCCCACGUUCAGCCUCCAACAACUUCGGGGCCCUCCGUACCUGCACAAGCUACCAACUACCUGA